AUGAUUGACCGGCAGGGGAAAGGCUCCGCUCACGCCGACAUGGGCGGUGCACAGCCUCCCGGAUCCCGGCCUGCCGGGGUGCAUUUCGGCUCACCUACCUCGACCACGUCGUCGCCCGCAUCUCGCCGAUCAGAUGGCUCCACGAAAGCAUCUACUACUUCAUCGACAGGUUCACUGAAGGGGUGGCCCACAGAAUCACCGAUCCCGUCGCCGUCGUCGUCCCCACCGAAACCUCUGGCUUACUCAUUUGCCGCACGGCGGCCUUGGGCUUUACGCACAUGGAUGUUCCCUUCUAGCUCGGAGGACAACACUGGUUUCCGCGGCCAUGAAAUCAAGUGGCCUCCACUAGAGGACUUCUUUCUCGGCCCCGACGUUGAUGCCCGGGCGGCGCGCCUCGGCGAGUCUGAGUCAACGAUAACCGAGCCGGCUCCCGGAAUCACGUGGCAUUCAGGCGAACCUGUAUGGGUGAGUGAAGAAUGCUUUGAUGCGCUGCCACUGCAUAUACAAUGUUAUUGGGACUCACUCUGACGUGUCGCAGGAGCCGCAAGGACGACUCGUCAAAACCGCUCUCCGCCAGGAGAGCGACCUGUACGAUCCCGCCGAGCUUCCCGAUUUCGUCGUGCUCUCGCGCCAAUCCUUCGGCGCCAAUCCCGAGCUCGCUGCCGCUUGGGCCCACGACUACGUCGACGAUGGGGUAGACAUUCUUCGAGAUUGGGAACAGAUCGCAGCGGUUGGCGUACUGGGUGGUAUGAAGAAAAGCGACGACACCUCCGAAUACGAAUGUGUAUUCCCAGCCACGCGAUUGAAACACCACCUGCGCAUGCUCGCUGCCGAGUCACCGAUCCGCUCUCACACGUUCGGCUUCACGCUCGACGGCUCGAUCUUGACCCUCUACCUCCACACCCCAGCGGGUCUGUUCUACUCGUCCGAUAUCGAAUGCACCGAAGCGAAUGGGCACCUCUCGACGUUCCUCGAGCGCCUUCUCAGCUUGAAUGAUAUUGAUCUCGGCAAGAUCGCCUCGCCUGGAGGACCCAAUGGCCCGCCGCUGCCAUUCCCGACCGCUGUGCUUCCACCGCGGGUGCCAUCUUUCGCUCAUCACCUCGCCAAAGUACCCACGAUGGGCUCAAUCGAGAUUGAGAAGACGGUCUUUUGCAGUGGAGAGGUCCUCGGGUUGCAGACAUCCGCUUCACGAGUCCGAGCGAUCCGGGACGGACCAGGUGACAAUCGCGAAUACGCAAUGACGGUGUCGUUUGUGGAAGAAGCGCGCUGCGACGAACACGAUCAGAUCCGGCAGAUGAUUGCCUCGGCAUCACCCCACGAGCGCGAAGGUCUCACAAACUUUGUGGAUGUGCAUCGACAUGACUUCACCCUUGUGCCCCACUUCCUCAAAGGCGAUCUGGACGCCGAGGAAUGCGCCAAAAAAUGCGGGCUCAAGCCGAGGGCGAUGGAGAUCACUUUUCAGGAGCGCUGCUUCGAGCCGAUCUGGGCCGUCGACUCGAUUGAAGCGCUGACACGAGCAGUGCUGGGAGCGGUCAAAGGUUCGUUGCGAUCCCGCCUGGGUCAAGGACUAACUGACCGGUUGGACUGUAACAUCACAGGAAAUCCGAAGCAAUGCCUUCCCGUUAUUCCAUGGCUCGGUUCGGUGGAGUGACCGUCGUGUUGGCAGGUAUGUGCCAAUCUUUCAAAAGCAAAGCACAGGGAAGCAUGACUAACUGACCGGUUGGACUGUAACAUCACAGGAAAUCCGAGGCAAUGCCUUCUCGUUAUUCUACGGCUCGGUUCGGCGGCUCGGUUCGGUGGAGUGACCGUCGUCUUGGCAGGUGGGUGCUAAUCUUUCAAAACCAAAACGCAGGGCAGCAGGACUAACUGACCGGUUGGACUGUAACAUCACAGGAAAUCCGAGGGCAAUGCCUUCCCGUUAUUCCAAAUCAUCGCCUGCACAUAUCGUCGACGCUUGCAUCAUGAAUGCUGACUUCUGGGGAGAUCUCUCUGUAAGUAGUAGUCCUUGCCUGACUUUUGGACCCUAUACUAACAACGGCACGGUGCGAGCGCAGACAAACAUGCGUCUUCUGGCCGCUGCAGACCGCAUGACCGGAACGGAACGGGCAAAAGCACAGGGCUUUGCAGAUUGGCUCUUAGGAGUUGCAGACGGCACAGCGAACGAAACAGAAGACUUUCGCGCUCCCACGUGAGCUUCUCCUGCCGGCGACCACGACGAACAGAUCCAGGUUGAUCAGACACGUUUAUCCCGGCCCCGCGCUCGAACUGGACAAUAUGUCGAUAGGCGAAAAAGUCGAAUACUUCCGAAAUUCUGGCGCCCAAAGAUUCGCAGGUGGAUCAGAUCAACGACAUGGUGCUCGACCUGCUGCCGGGGGACGCUCAAACGUUCUACAGCCCGGAUUCGGUCGUCGAAAACGAAGACGAAUCACUGUUUUCGAUCGAGUAUCUUCAGAGUCUCAACAUUGUCGGGAUGGCGUUGCUCCACACUCGACGUGGGUCUUGACGACGGUCUGAGCCCAUCAUCGGGCUCCCGGAGAACAUAAAAGUAGUUCAAUGAGGAAAUGAAGGCUCUUUACAUUUGAUCGUCGUCCCGCGGUGCUCUCCCGACUUGAACCACUAGGGAUCCGUCACUCAUCAGUACCGCAGCUGUUGCAGCAAAGUACAUCAGAUUUCACCGGGUCAACGGCUACGGUGUGAGGUGGCGCGCGGAGCGCGCCGCCGAACCUAGUCCUGUAUAUAUAUAUGAUGAUAUGUUUUACUUAGUAUUCAUUUAUCCAUUUCAGUAGGAAGAGCUAGCGUUUUGGCUAAUAAAGUAUAAUGGACGAACUUUUAAAGUAUUAACAGAAGGAAAAUAUCCGCCACUGCGACCUGCGAGCUGGUGAAGUGACGGCCGGUACUCCGCCCACAAAUCAUAAUCUCGUCCUACCGCGUCGUCUGCAUUACGCGCGUCGUCUGCGAUUACGCGCGUCGCCCGUCCUCGGUGACCGAGGUGGAGGUUGAUGCAACGUUGAGGCAAGCUCACCUUUCACGCUCUUGCCGCCAGCUAAACGUCUCGGUGCACCACGUACACCCUGCCAUUCGCGCAUUUUCUUCGGCGCACUUGCCACCACAUUCUGUGCUCCAAUCUGCGCUGUCGCCUUUUGUCCUCCCUCAUUCAGCCCACACACGUCCGACAUAUCCCACGCCCGGAGGCAUCUCGCAGCUGUUUUUCCUCCUCGCUGUCCGCUACAAGCGCAAUCUCCCACGGUCUGGUCUUUCACGCAGGCACCAGAGUUAUCAGUGAGUGUGAAUGAGACAUUUUUUGUAUUCGAAACCCGCUACACCAUUCAGGACUCUGACGGAGCUUUUUGAGAGCAGUGAAGCCCAACGAUGCUCCCGUCAACUUGAAGUACUCAAGGAGCAUUGCUCCCGGCAUCUACACCAACCGCAAGGAGGUCAUCCAUGACCGACUUAGGCAGGAGCUGGGCGGUCGUAUUGAGUUCUCGCGAAACCUGCACAUGUUUGUGGCAACUCCAGCUCCCGAGUUAGACGACUUGGUCGAGCAUGUCGCCUUUUCGGGUACUUGGGGGGAGGAAGAGCCGAUGAAAGACCUCUUUGCCCAAAUCAAUGCGGUUGUGAGUCUGCUAUGUCGUUGCACAAUACAAGUUACCCAAUACAUUGCUUAAUAAAUGAAUCUUCUGCUGGCGCAACAGGGUCCGGCUAUACGUCAUAUCGUUGCAAGUGGUUUUUUGAACAUCGUCGUUCCGACCUCGGCCGGCCAGCUCCCUCACGACGAUCACGCACCGGACGCGGUCACUCUCUUCUCCUUUGCGUCGACGGAGCCAAUCGAGAGGGUCUGGGCAAUGUGAGAUGAUGAAUGGAGGAGGGAAGGGGUACGGUUAGGCAAGCGUCCAGAGGAUCUCCGCAGAGUGAACCAAGUCCUCGCCCCUGGAGAACUCAAGAAGGGAAACAAAGGAGGCUCUGCCGCUUGGCAGAGUGUGCGGAGGUUUUAUCGUCUGAAAUCAGCAAAUGCUCUGCGUGAAUUCACGUACGGCUUCACGCUGGUGGGAUCGCAGUUCCGCGUUCUUAUCCACUCGGCAAGCGGCGUCUUCAAGACAAACGAGUUUGACUGUUCGAAAACAAACGGCUACAAAACCCUUUUGAGAUUCUUGGUCCGACUCGUUGUCGCUCCCGAGCUCGACCUCGGCGUCAUCGCUUCUGGCCCAAGCUAUCCCAUCACAGUGGACACCCUACCGCCCAUCACAUACGAGCGCCCCAGCACAACUUUCUCGAGCCCAAGACCAAAACAUCAAGGAGUUUGUCUGUGGCAACCGACCCACCGCAACGAUGAUGCAAUGACCGGGCCCCGAGCUAUUUGCUAUUCCGGAGUCUUCAACAACGUUGAGACGGGUACUAGCCAAGCUUCGUUUGGUGGCUCACCGGAGCACUCCGUCGUCUUCUCGCUCGUCGACCAAGAUCUAGCCGAGAGGACACAUGAACUCCUGAAACGAGUGCAUUCUCUGCAGCCACACGAGCGGGAGGGUCUCGCGGUGGUAGAUAUGAUCUUUCGGGAUCCUCAAGCCUAUCGCAGCGCUCCGGUCGCUGUGGGCGGUGGUGAUGCGUGA